AGCAGUUCCCCAGUGGGCCCACAAGAAUUUCUUUGCAUAGCACUGAGAAGAUGCAAAGUUAAUAAGGUUCGCUUUCCAUUGAUUUGAUAAAUAGAGGGAAAAUUCUGGUGGGUACACUCAAAACCAAUUUAAACCUUGCCUACACUGGUUAGUAUUGGUUCCACAGUAUCUUAGAUAUUCAGUGUUAUGGAACUCUUAAUAACAAAAACUAAAUAAUACAGGAAUCAGAAGCUUCAAUUUUGCAGUAACCUUGAUACCCAAUAUGUGAUAGUGCACAGUGGCCUUAGCCAGAAUAUUUGGAUCAGAAUGCAGAAAAAGUUACACUGCACUCAGGUGAAACAGCAGAAUAGUUUUUCUGGUAGGCAGAUCAUCACUCCCACUUAGGGUCUGCCUUGGAGGCCAGAAGUCCCACUGAUGCUUUUACAGAUUUUUUACAGAAAAGAACAUUUUUUUAGUUAUUAAAAGAUACAAAUGAGGAAGCAAACAUUGUUCUAAUUUAUCCUAAUUUUGAUGAAGAUACCCUAAUCUGUAAAACAAGCCAAAAAGUGGAUUGUUGCCCUCUGUAAUAUUUGUUCUCAUUUAAAACUGAUUUUUUUAGAAUUCAGUUCAGUUUAAACAGAAAACACUGAAAGAGAAAGGAUUUCUAUUGUGUUUGUAAGACAUACAUUGACUUGAGGCUGUGUGCAUGUGUUUUGGGGGUACCAGUCAAAUGCAAAAUCGUUCAGUUGUUCACAUGGUUCAGAGAGCAGCAUGUUCAGGGUUUUCCAGCCUGCGUCUGAUGUGUCUGAUGUUAGCAGCACACCUUAACCCUGCCUAACAUUUUUAAACUUCAGUAUCACGGAAGACACACUUAGAGGCUUGCUGUCAAUCAGAAGAGUUGCAAUUAAUGCCUGAGGUUCAUGACUAGAAGCUUUUAGCUGAGUCACUUCUCAGCUACCACAUUCCUGAAGAGCCUGAGUCCUCCCACAUGAAGCCUGAGGACCUGGGGAGAGGAUUUCCUCCCUUCCCUGACAACUUCACUCAUUUUCAUUUUGGGAUUGAAUCCUGAGUGCUGGCAUGGCUUUACAAAUUCAGAAACAUUUGACACAGUAGUCCUUGCAGUUGAGGUUAUGAUCUUUGUGAGGCUGAACUGUAGUUCAGGGAUCGAGGGAUGGAUGCUUUACCUUCAUCCAUCUUCUCUGAAUGUGAGCAGCAAUUGUGAAGGGAGACACAAUUCCUCGACUUUAAUAAUUUUUUUUUUUGCAUUACAGUGCUAGUAAUAAGGGAAAUGCAGGUUUUUUGACAUAAUAAACUGAUAAUGGAUCUGGUAAUCAGAUACGAAUGCACAUGUUUGUUUUUGGCCAACAUGGAGAGGGUAAAAUCUGUGAGGUUUAUUAAUGGGAUGGUGCAGAGGCAGGAAGAGAGGAUUUCCCUGGGAGCCCCGGUUUGUGAAAGGGCUGUGUAACCCUAGGAAGAUCUGGAUAGAAGUCUUACACUGCAUGAAGACCUGCGGCUCCUGCCCUCCUCAAGUCCUGGAACAAGCAAAUGUACCUCAGGAGUCUUCUCACAUGUAGGAAAGACAAGUAACCCAUUUUAUAGAACAAACCAAGAGGUCAAUGCAAAACUCAUAAUAUAAAAUCUUGAUACAAAAGAUGGAACCUUGCAUGUGUAUUGUAUGGCAUCACCCUAGGAAAAAGUUUUUGUGGGCAAGAUAGCCAGAGUUAGCAUCUGGUCAGUGCUACCCAAGAUAGGUGCUUUGGACAGCAAUAGGUUGCGGUUCUCGUCUGCCAUGUUCACUCAUUCUGUGCUCCUCUGGAGAGGAUGGUGUGUAUGGUACAGCUCAAUGUCUCAGUAGGGCUUUGAGUCUGCAUGUGAUAAAAAAUGAAGUUUUUCGGAUGAGUCAAAACCUGAUGAGGUGUGUGAUGGCCUUUCUAUCCCAAGAGAUUUAAUCCUUCAGUUUCCCACUGUUAAUCAAGAAAUCCCAGUUUUGGCUGAAAUUAGCUUUAUACUGAUAAAUGAUUUAGAAGGGAAACAAAAGUGAUGAAGGGUCUAGAACCUAAGUCAUAUGAGGAGUGACUGAGGGAGCUGGAGUUUUUUAGCUUGGAGAAGAGGAGCCUCAUGGGAGACCUUACUGCUGCCCACAACUACCUGAAAGAAGGUUGUAGCAAGAUAGGGGUCAGCCUCUUCUCCCAGGCAACAAGCAACAGGAUGAGAAAUAGCCUUAAGCUGCACCAGGGAAGGUUCAGGUUGGAUAUGAGAAGGAAUUCCUUCAUGGCAAGAGGGAUGACCCUGAUAACUACAGUACUGUCAGUCUCACUCCAGUGCCUGGUUAAAUUAUGGAGAAGAUUAAUCUGGGAGUUAUUGAAAAACCCCUGAAAGAAAAUGCAGUCAUUGGUCAUAGCCAGUAUGGUUUCAUGAGGGGAGGGUCCUUCUUGACAAACUAAUUCCCUUUUAUGACAAGGUAGCUCACCUUGUUGAUGAUGUGAUCUUUUUUUAUUUCAGUAAAGCUUCUGAUGCUGUCUCUCACAGGAUCCUUCUGGAUAUGUUAUGUGGUGGGUGAACAGCUGGCUUAGUGGCCAGCCACAAAGGGUUACAGUGGAUGGAGUGGCAUCAGGCUGGUGACCUGUCACCUGUGGGGUUCCACAGUGCUCCAUCUUAGAGCCAGUGCUCCUCAACAUCUUCACUAAUGACUUGGAUACAGAACUCAAGAUAAACUCAAAGAUAUAAACUUGGACACUAAAUUGGGAGGAGCUGUUGAAGGCAGAGAGACCCCGCAGAGAGAUCUCAACUAAUUAGAGGGCUGGGCAAUCACCAAUCAUAUGAAGUUUAACAAAAACAGAUGCUGGGUUCUGCACGUGGGACAGGGCAAGCCUGGAUGUAUGGACAGACCAGGAUGCAAAAGGUUGGGAGACCAGCCCUGUGGAAGCAGACCAGUGGCAAUGGUCAAUGGCAAGUUGAACAUGGUCAGCAGCCAGGAGGGCCACCCGUGUCCUGGGGGCAUCAGGCACAGCAUGGCCAGCCGGGCAAGGCAGGGGAUUGUCCUGCUCUGCUCUGCUCUGCACUGGGGUGGCCUCACCUCGAGUGCUGGGAGCAGUUCUGGGUGCCACAGUGUAAGAGAGACAUAAAACUGUUGGAGAGAAGGAGGGAUCACAAGGAUGGUGAAGGAUCUGGAGAGGAAGCCAUAUGAGAAGCAGCUGAGGUCACCUGGUCUGUUAAGCCCAGAGGAGACUGAGGGGAGACCUCACAUUGACCUGCAGCUUCCUUGUGAGGGAAAGCAGAUGGACAGGGACUGAUUUCUUCUUAGUGACAAGACCCGAGGGAGUCUGAAGUUUUGUUGAGGGAGGUUUAAGUAUAAGAGAAAGGGUCUUCACCCAGAGUGUGGCUGGGCACUGGAAGAAGCCCCCCAGGGAAGGGGUCACAGAGCACCAGCCUGAUACAGUUCAGUACUCUCGUGGUCCAGAGGUGGACAAUGCUCUCAGGCACAUGAUGUUACUCCUGUGCUGGGCCAGGAGUUGUAGUUCACUGGUUCUUGUGGGACCCUUCCAACUCAGGACAUUUUAAGAUUCUAUGGCUUUGUUUGGUUUCAUAGCAACAGAAUGUUUGGCACUGGGCAGAAGCUGGCCAGAGCUGACACAGAUAGAGAGGUUAGGGAGAAGUUUGGAAUGUGUUGGAUUUUUCCCCUUUUUCUUUGUUCAGACUCGCCUUUCUGAAGGAGAGAGUAAGAGAAUAUUCACUCCUUGAUUUAGGCCAUGCCUGUUCAGGCAGGGGUGGUAAGUGUUGUCCUUGGUAGCCAGGGAGAUACUGGGCAGAGGCAUGGGGUGGGCUUCACAGAAAGGCCACACCACAUAGGUCUUCUCCCUCCAAAGAAAAAAAACAGGGCAGGUUACCUGUUUCCCCCUCUAUAGGGCUUUUUUUCAUAUGAUUGAAAACCUGCCUUUGGUUAGGAGCAGUUUUUAGAAGUGAUUUUUUUUCCAGGACCACAGAUGCAUAAAGGAAGUAGGUAAAGGGGAAACCCAGAUUAGACAUUGAGCUAGGAUUAUUUUGAAGAAGACAUGAAGGAAAGCACCUGCUUGCUGUUGGGGAACAUGGGAUUUUUGGCUUCAUAGGGGUAUGAAUGUCUCACUUCAUUUUGAGGAUGAUGAGGCACUGCCACAGGUUGCCCAGAGAAGUUGUGGAUUCCCCAUCCCUGGAAUUAUUCAAAGCCUAGGGGAAAGUUUCCUGCUCAUGGCAGGGAUUUUGGAAUGAGAUUGUCUUUAAGGUCCCUUCCAACUCAAACUAUUCAAUGAUUCUAUGAGAUCUGUUUUUUCUCUUUCUUUGUUAGUAUAUCUGGAGACUGUUUCUAAAACCCGCAGAGAGUUGAUGAGCUUUGGUUUCUGCAAAAUAGCAUGACGAGACACAAGUGGUCCUACAAAUGUCCCUCACAAAGGAAGAUCUUGAUUCUGUGUCUCACUGGGUGGCUGAUUGCACUGCUGAAGCUCCUCCAUGUUGAAAGACACUUUUUUCCUUCUAAAGGCAUUUACUUAGUUGAACACUUCUUGAGCACUUCUUCUUAUGUUAGAAACAGAUAUUCAUACCCUAGAAAUGAGUUCCAGUAUGAAAUUAAUUGUUCAUCUAUAUAUGAACAAGAUCCUCAUGAAAUUGGCAAGAGUUUAGAGAUAAGAAGAAAAGAAAUAGUUGAUUUAGCUGAUGAAGAUGUUGUAGCAAUGACAAGUGACUGUCAAGUGUAUCGUUCACUUAGGAAAUACCAGCUAAAACCUGUUUCUCCAGAGGAGGAGAGUUUUCCAAUUGCCUAUUCUUUGGUUGUUCACAAAGAUGCAGCAAUGGUAGAAAGGCUCAUACAUUCAUUGUACAGUCAUCAAAAUAUUUACUGCAUUCAUUAUGAUCAAAAAGCAGCAAAAAGUUUCAAAUCUGCUUUGAACAAUCUAGCUAAAUGUUUCCCAAAUAUUUUCAUUGCAUCAAAAUUGGAGACAGUGGACUAUGCACAUAUUUCACGUCUGCAAGCAGAUUUUAAUUGUUUGUCUGAUUUGAUGGACUCUCCAGUUCCAUGGAAGUAUGUUAUCAAUUUGUGUGGCCAAGAUUUCCCUUUGAGAUCAAAUUUUGAGUUGGUUGCUGAACUGAAGAAACUUGGUGGAGGAAACAUGCUGGAAACUUCAAAGCCAAGCAGUAGUAAAAGAGAACGAUUUACUUAUCACUAUGAACUUAUGAAAGUGCCUUAUGAAUACAUGCAGAUGCCUGUAAAAACCAACAUUUCCAAGAAUCCGCCACCUCAUGAUAUUGAGAUAUUUGUAGGCAGUGCCUAUUUUGUUUUAAGCCGAGAAUUUAUUCAAUAUACCCUUGAAAGCUCACUUGCAAAAGACUUUUUUGAGUGGUCAAGGGACACAUACUCUCCAGAUGAACAUUUCUGGGCCACUCUUGUACGUGUCCCUGGGGUCCCUGGGGAAGUUCCAAGAUCAUCCCAGGAUAUAACAGACUUGCAAAGUAAAACUCGUCUGGUGAAAUGGAAUUACCUUGAAGACUAUUUGUAUCCUCCGUGCACUGGUACCCACCUUCGCAGUGUUUGCAUCUAUGGGGCUGGAGAACUAAGAUGGCUGCUGAAUUACGGACACUGGUUCGCCAACAAGAUUGACUCCAAAGUAGAUCCUGUUUUGGUAAAAUGCUUGGCAGAAAAGGUGGCAGAACAACAGAAGGAGUGGGUACAUUUGUCCUCGGAUGAGCACUUUCUGCACUUAAGUUCUACGAAUGCCUUGACAUAGCAGCGCUGUGUUCUCUGCUGUCCCUGCUGUGUGCACAGACCUGCAGUUCUGCUGCCUUGACCUGCUGCAGGAUGGCAGUGAGGGAAAAGUCCAUUCUAUAUAACGUCCCAGGCCCUGCAGAGCCAGGUGCUUGGCUAUUUAUUUAUGUAAAGUAAUUUCUCGCUGGUUAACUGUUUUGCCACAUUAAACCUGUAAUUGUCUUCAGGGUGAUUCUGAGAUGGUGAAGUUUGCUUUUGGAGGCUCUUGUGCUCUCUGUCCUAGUAGAGUACUUCAGAACUGUAUUUUACUUCAAGUGUGUUUGUAUCUUUUAUAAGAAACUUCAGCACUUCUGUCUGCCUCUCCUCUUUUCCUUCACUUUUGCUUUUAAAGGAAGACCUCUGUAUCUGCUACCUCAGGAAAAUUGCAAGUGCCCAUCUCACAGAAGAAAACCAAGAGAUCAGCAUGAACACCAAAUGAGCCAUGUGACCCCACCUGAAGUUCCACACUUCUUGUCUGUGGGAGCUGCAUAGAUCUUUGCAAUGUGAAUAUGACUGGAUGAUAUAAGGGAGAGAAGAUACCUAUAUGCUACUUUGUGUGUACCAUUGUUCUCUUCUCGCAGCUAACCUGGGUGUUGCUUUUCCUUCUACAAAGCAUGUGAUCAGGUGUUGUGCCAACACCGUUGGUUUCACAAACAGUGUAAGUUGGUUGAAAUAGUUGUGCACUGUUGAGUGCACACAGUUGUGUGUUCUCCAAAGGCAGAAUACAUGCAUGCCCUAAGGGCAGUCUCUGCAGCCACCUGGGGGAGGUACUCGUGCCAAAAGAGGUCAAUCUUCAUUUCUCUCUGCCAGUAGGAAUAUCUUUAUGUGAAUUCCCAGUCCUAUUGAGACUGUAUCCCUACACACAGAGCUGUUUCCAGUGGGUGUUCAGCAGUGUGGUGCUUUGUUGAAGUGUUGAACGCACUAAGUUGAGCAGUAGUCAUAAUAGCCAUAUUACAGAAAUGAAGACCCUGCAUUAAGUGUGUUUCUGUGCAAGUCCUGUGGCUGUGCACUACCAUGAUCCCAGGCUGACAGGUGCCUGAAUGGGCCCUGGUUCAGCUGUGGAGCAAGAGUUCUCCUACAGCCCCUGCUUGCCAUGGCUCUGCCAGGCCCCCUAGUAGUGAAAUGGCUCGGGAGUCUUCUCGUAGCUGGGCUUCCCACACUCUGGCAUGGGGGAAGUGUUUGUAAGUGCAGGGGUCUCUGCAGAAACUUCUGCAACUCAGAAAUGUUGCUGGCAUUUUGGGGGUUUCCCUGGAGUGCUACCCUGCCACAAGUUGAGUUUUGGUGAUUCCAGUGGAUCCUGGGGUUUAGCUUUCUCUAUGCCACUGUCUUCUUUCUAGCCAUCUGUCUUUCAUUAAGGGACCUUUCCCCAUGAGUGACUUUGGGAUAUCUGUAUCUGGUCUUACUGAUCUACAGAUUGCUAUAGUAAUGACCAUAUCUCAUAUCAAUGAGAAAUCUUUGUUCCUUAUUUGAGCUGAAGGAACCAAGCUGCUUUUUAGUCUCAGAUUUUGUCUCUAAAUUUGGUCACAGUGAAGUCAUUCGUGGCUCAAGACUGGUUUGAGAGUCAGGAUUCUCAGGCAUUUUUCCACAUUUGCGACAGUGAUUUUCAGUAAGCUCUCAGAGAAGCCACCUGAGUUUUCUCUUUCAGUUGUUCCCAUUGUAAAAUGAGAACCAUCAUUUUUAUUGUCUUGCUAAGCACUUUGAAACCUGUGCGUGUUGUGGGUUUGGUUGCACAAUACUAAUUAUUUAGUAUUAACUUAUUUUGCGGAUAAUUUGUUAUCCACAAAACUAUUUAUAGAGUCUGUGUCUGCACAGGUCAAGUAUUUCUUAAGUGUACUGUUUCUGAAAUAAAUGGGGAUUAUUUUUAAGUCUGUGUUGCGCACUUCAGUGACAUGCCCUGUCUACUCAAGGCUGUCCUGACUUGAUGUAAUUUAUAGUUUGUAAAAAAUUAAAUAUUGGUAGUAUUUACAGAUUCAUGUAUUAGUGCUUGCAUAUAAAAUAGAGUCCUCGUGUGGCAAAAAAGUUAAUAAAAGAGAAUAUUAGGAUCCCUGAGGGCCAAGCUACAGGAUUCUGUACAUAUAAAUUGAUGAUAUAUUUGAAAUUUUGUAUUUAUUUAAACUGGCUUUAUGUAUGUAUGUACACAUAUAUCCAUUUGGGUUUAAUUGUAGUUGUUUGAUCUGCCAUAGAUUUAUCAAAAUAAUCCAUCAGCACAUUAAACUUCAUUGAAGUAUGUGAUUCUAAUCAACAUGCAACUUUGUGCUAUUUUAAUUGAAUUGGCUUGAAUGAUGCCUGUCAUUUAACAAGUUUGAAAGAAGGCACCUCGUUCUUCCAAGGUGAUGGAGAAGUGGAGGCGGAUGUGGCACAGUGUGAGGCAGCAUCAGCCACUUGUUUGCUAGAUGAGGAAGUGGGCAGUGUACAGACUGCAACUUUAUGAAGUGCUGAUUUUCCAAUGAAUUCUAGAUGUUUCUGCUGUUCUGAAAGCAGCUUUAAAGGCUAUUCAAGGUUGUAGAAGGGCAGUUCACAAAAAUCAGUCAUUGGAUUGGUGAGGCUGGAAGAUCCUCUAGUCCAGCCUCUUGCUCAAAACAGGAUCAACACUGAAUUUGAGCUGGCUUUCUUGGGUUUUCCCAGGACUCUUGCAGACCUCUAAGGGAGGAGGAAUAUAUUCCAAUGUUUCCAAAGAAAAGAGCAGUCAAAAUAUUAGUGUCUUAACUUUUGAAUAGGUUUCUCUCUGUUUUUUGGCCUUGCAUUCAGCCAUGUUGCCAUACUGAUGCCUGGAUCACAGUUAAGUGAUAAGACUACAGGGAUGGGUAACAUCAUCAUCAUCAUCAUCACUACUCUUUACACAGGUAGGUCUGCCAUUGUUGGCAUGACCCAAGGCAUGAUACACAAACUUUCUGUAGUAAAGUGGCUGAACCUAGUUUAUGGCAAAACAAAAAGUUUUAUUUCGGCUGAAACUUAGAUUGUAGGCGCUUACCUGCUCUCACGUGGUUUGUUGGGGGUUUUUUUGGUGGUUUUCUUUGUUUGUUGGUUUGGUUUUAUUUUCCUUAAUAAAGCUUAGAUUUCCUUUUUUUUCCCUCUUCAUUCUUUUCCUCACUUCUAAAAGAUUCCCCUUCUAAGUUUUUUCACAAAUUUGAAGUACACAUACAUUUGCACAAAUUGGUUUCUUCUGUAUUUGUUCUGCUGAAUAAUCACUAUGCUGGCCUUCUUCCACCCACCCUGCCCUGUGCUGGUCACAUGGAGAGUCUGGACUAUCAGUUGACCUAGUUUUCCCAUUCAGGAAGGAUGCAUAAGGAAGGCAAUAGUACUGCUCCUGGCUGUCAGUGCUGGUCUAUAUGUCCAGCCCACCAUUUUAUUAGUGUCUGAAAACAGCAAAAAUGCUGAAUGCAUUCCAGCACAGACAAAUUAAGUAAGGAAGAAAAGGAAAUAAUGAGCUUUAGUGAAAGAGAUGCAGAGCCAACAUUUGUACUACUUGUCAUGUUAAUGAAUUUAUUAGGCUAGACAUGUAAUCUGGAGGAUAAUAUAUACCAACAUAAAUGCCUCACUAUGUAUUUUCUUUGGCGUGGGAAUAAAAGGAUGUGAAAGGAAAGACUAGGAAUUAGACUCUAAUCUGUAAUUGUAAUUAAAACAGACUUGGCCUGUUGAGUAUUUCUAUGACUACAGUGUCAUUACUGUAGCAUUUAAAUGAGAAUGUUUAAACAUAAGAAAACCAGUAUUUAAACAGCAAAUGUGGAGUAUGUGUGGCACACUAAUAUGUGUUUACAGUGUGACCUUGAGUUUUAUUUCAGGUACAAUAUCUGUUUUAAAUCGAUGUUUUUACAGAACCUGGGUUGCUCCUGGUGAUGAUAAUUUCUGCUCACAGAAGUGAUACUUCAGAACAAUGUGAUCUGUUACUGAGACGCAGUAAAUCUGUACUGAAAGUACCCCAGUGCUGUUUAGUAUUUCAAGCUGACAGUUACACACUCUAUCCUGGUCCUAUUUCUUCAGAGCUACAUAACUCUUUCAUUUUCUAUGGCUAAGGGAUACUCAUCUUUAUAAUACCAGUUUUUUUUAGAAAACAGAGAAAGCAAAAACCACAAACCUUUGUAUGAGGCAUUUUUUCAAGUAGGAAAGUCUAUGGCAAGUUUUUGAUAGCAGGAGGAGGGUGGGCGUGGAUUCUGUGAGAAGAUGCCAGGAACUUCUCGACAUAUCUGACAGAGCCUGUGCCAGUCAGCUCCAGGAUGGACUUCCUGCUGGACAAGGCUGAUGAUGAUAGCACCUCUGGGAUGACAUAUUUAAUAAAAGAAAAAAAAACAUACCAAGCAACAGCAGCUACAGCCAGAGAGGAGAGAUUGAGGCUGUGAGAGACACCUCAGUAGGUACCGCAUCAGUGAAGAAGGAGGGGCAGGAGGUGCUCCACAUGCUGGAGCUGAGAUUCGUCUGCAGCUUGUGGUGCAGACUGUGGUGAAGCAGCUGUGCCCCUACAGCCCAUGGAGAUCCAAGGUAAAGCAGAGAUCCACCUGCAACCCAUUGAGGAGCCCACACUAGAACAAGUGCAUGCCCAAAGAUGGCUACAACCCCAUGGAAGGUCCACACUGGAGCAGGGUCCUGGCAGGGUCUGUGGCCCCAUGGAGAGAGAAGCUCACACAACAGCAAGUUUCCUGGCAGGAUUUGUGACCCCAUGAGGGUAUCACACUAGAGUAAGCUGUGCCUGAAGGAUUGCUCCCUGAGGAAGGUAGCGUCAUGAGGAAGGGGUAAGGGAAGGUGGGGUUUUUAAAGGUUUGUUUUUAAUUUUCAUUUCUCUAGUCCUGAUUGGUAAGAAAUUUAUUUUCCCCAAGCUGAGUCUGUUUUGUCCAUGACAGUAAUUAAUAGGUGAACAAUCUCUCUUUGUCCUUAUCUCAACCCAGAAGCCUUUCAUUAUGUUUUUUCUGCCCAGGCCAUCAGAGGAGGGAAGUGACAGAAUGGCUUUGGUGAGCAGCUGACAUCCCACCAGGGUGAACCCAACCUAGAUGGAAAGGAGUUAGACGGUAUUUUUUAAGGUGGGGGCAAGGACAGUAAGUUUUAUUGCUACUGAGCCUUCAUUUAUAUGUCUUAGCAGAGAUUUAAGUGGAAAUGCUUACAUAUAGCAUGGUUGCUACUGCCAUUUCUGAUCGAGGUAAGUGAGACUUGAGUUAGUAAUUUUAAAAACAAAGAUGAUUUAGCAAAGAAAUUCCUGGAGCUGUAUCCAUUUCUUGUCUUGUAAAAAAAUAGCGGCUUAAAAAUUUACUGGAAUUUGACUAGAGGACUACAAAAAGAUUCAGGGGACUGGGCUGGUUGCAUCAAAGAGGACAGAAAAAGGAGCAUCUGAUUUUUCUGCUCAUGGCAGGUGAAUGUUUUUUUUAUGAUGCUUUCUGUAUUAUAUGUAGUAACAAAUUUUUAAUAUGAGCUGGUUUGAAAAAUUAUUGACUGAUGUCCCAUUUGCAUCUUAAGCAUUUGCUUCUAACACGUGGGCUUACUCAAAAGACUCUUCUCUGGGCUACAGUUAGAGACUUCACUGUGAUUUAGAUUAAACAACAACAGCUUUUUUAUUGCUGAGCCUCUUUUCUCUGCCUGAAUUUGUGCUCUGAGAUGGAAAGGAUGGCAAGUCUAAGUUUUGCCUGGGGCAAUGAGAAGAUGGAGAGUAUACAGAGAUGCUGCAGGUGGCAUUAUUGCCACCAUACCAGCUGUUAUGCUACUAUAUUUAUAGCCAUUAUGCUAUUAAUGUUGUUGUGUCAUAACAGCUGGAAAAUAAGAAUAACUGCAAUUUAUACUGUAGAGAUUCAAAUCACCAUUUAUUAAUAACUGUGGCAGGAAUUGAAAACCAUACUUGGACAUAACUACGCACAAAUAUUUCAGUACUAAGUUGCUAGGGACCUUAGGAAGUAGGAUGAAAAUACAGGUGGUAUAUGCAUUUUUAUCUGAUGCACAGAAUAAUUACAUCCAUUUCAAGACCUUUCAGAUGGGAGAAAGCAGAAGUACUCUUGAUACAGAGGUUUGAUAUAGCAGAAUUGAAGAUCCCAAUUUAUUUUCUCCAAGCAGUGUUAUGCUUGCUUUUUUCCCCCUAUUGUUGUUUCUUACCUUUUAAUGCAGCAGUCCCAGCUUCUUUAUGGUUGUAAGGCACCCAUCUCAAUUAAAUUUUAUUACUUAGUCCUCAUUUACUCUAAUCUGCUUUGGAGCCUAAAACUUCCUUUCUGCCCCUGUAACAGUUUUAAGGAUUCUUAGUGCAAUCAGCAUGUGCCAUGAGUGGAUUUCUAUUUAAUUGACUUUAGUGGGACAUGUGCAUAUGCUCAGCUAUCCUGGGCCUGAACUGGUACAUUUAUGUGCUCAAAUCACUGGGAGAUUAACUGUGUUUUAUUCCACUUGUAUUUAAAGCAAAAAUUAUCAAAAAUGUCCCUUGUUCCUAUGCCAAACUUAACUUCUUCCUCUUGUGUAGAAUUCUGUGUGGUACAGGAGGUAUUUAGAUUUAGAUAUAGAUAUAAAGGGUUGUAGAGGCUAUAUCAAGAAGAUAUAUCCAAGGGAGUAAAAUCAUGUACAUUACCAAAAAAAAAAAAAAAUUUGCUUUGGAAAAGCAAUUCCAAGUAAUUGAAUAGGGAUGACGUAGAGCUGUUCUUGUAAGAAGUUGGAGUCACUUUUUUUUUUUUUUCCUGAUUUUUAUAUUGCUAACAAUAUUCUUUUAAAUGCUCUCUUAGUUCCAAGCUGUUGCCCAGGAGGGAUGUGUGCCCAUCCCUCUCUGCAGAAACAAGUUGUAUUUCUGUGAAACCAUCAGCAGGCUUCGGUGGUUUAUUUCUUUUCUAGGUCUCAGAUUCCAGAUUUGGGUAUGGUAGAGCAGAACAAGAAAAGCAUGUGUCUGUUGGCAUGCAAGUGACUGGACAAGUCAGACUCUUGAAGAUGGAGCUGCCUCCAUGAACCAAGCUGGAGCAGGAAUCAGGCCACUCAGCCAGCAGAGCAAGCAUUGUCUCUGUUUCUUUUCAUUAGAGCACAUCAGCAUUAUAAUUUUCCAGACCAGCCAGCUAAUCAUAUUAUCUGUGUUGUUUUUAUUGGCUGAAGAAUCAUGACAUUCUCUCUUAUGGCCUUAAAUUAAGAUCUGUUUAAAGUCUCUGUACAUAGAUCUUUGGAGCAGACACAGUAAGAUCUCAAUUACUGUAUGUCUUGUCCUCAUUUGGAAUGAAGGCAGCCAAAUCAGGUUCUGCAGUAAUAAAACCAUAGAGCUGAAGACAUGAAAAACUGAGUCAUCCUUAAAUUGAGUAGUUGUAGCAUUUUAUUUCUCUGCAGUCAUUGAGGGGAUACCUUAGCAUUCAGUUUGAGAAAUCUGAGACAUUUAAUAAAGCAGAAUACCAACAAGAAUAGACAUUAAAGAAAGAUUUACCUGGAGCGCUUACCUGAAAGGUUUUUUUUUCAGUCUGUGUGAAGUGAUAUGCUUCCAUUUCAGUUGUUGGACAGAUGUGCACACCACAGAGCUGCUGCUGGCACUGUGGCACCAUCAUGAGUUUCCCCAGUGCCUCAGAGACUGCGCUGUCCCCCGCUGAGGCACUGCUCACUGCAGUCACUAGGCAAGGGGCAGAAGAGGUGGCCUCUGUCCCACCAUUCUAGAAAUAACCCUUUGGGCGGUGAUCCUAUCUAGCAGUGUUUCAAGGCCAUUGGAGUGGACAAUGCUAACAGAAAAGCUCCAGUGUUACAGUCUUAGGAAGGAGAGGAGACAAGGUCUGGGCGGCAUGGCUCCCAAUGAGAAAAGGCACUCAAACAUACAGACAUGCUGUAUGAUGCUUCAGAUGACCUGCUGUAGGAAGUGGAAGUUUGGGUUGUGAUUAAGUGGUAAGUGCACUUUGAAAGCCAGUUUAACCUGCAGCAAUAACUCAUUUGCUUAGCCCAAGAGUAUUUGUGCCCCGCUUCAACAAAAGAGUUUUUUCUGCUGUCAUAUUUCUGUUAUUUGUGUUUGCUUGGGGUUUUUGACAGAUUUAUUUUUCAAAUCUGUUUCAAAUUUUUCACCAACUAAAUCUUGGGUUCUGCAUGAUAUUCAGGUCUAGCUGAGGAGUAGAGUGACAACUUUCCAUAGACUUUCCAUAUUUUCUAGGUUAGCUGAUGGUAGCAUGAAGUUUGGAUAUUGUUCACAGAAAGAUUAAAAUUAAACUGAAAUGUUUUCUGUUAAACAAGUGGCACUUUGCAUAGUGUCUGAAAAAGAUGGCUCUGAAUAUCUGCUGUCCUGGUGCCUUCUGCUUCAGCAGAGGUGUGAUGAACCUUUGGCUUCAUAAACCACAGUGGCUGCUGGGCUGUAAAGAGAAAAGCCCUGAAUUCUCUUUUGGGUACUCUUAACUGAACUCACUGUCCAAGACUUGGUUAGGUGGCAGCACUGGUGAUAAGAUAAUGUUUGCCCACAUAGUCAAGUCAUAGGGAUGUGAGAGGCACAUGCUCAGACAGUUCAGUUGGUAUUUGGCUGUUUUUGCAUGGAGUCAAGUAGUGAUGCCAUCCUGCAGUGGUGUCAAGACAGUCAGUCAAAGGGUAGGGCGCACCCAGGAGCUUCUCUUGUCUCCAAGGCUGGGAUGGGGGUAUGUUUGAAGAUUGGAAUGCCAAACCAGGGUGAGUUGCAUAGCUGCUGGGUCUUUCCCUGCUAGGUUACUUUGCUUCACAACAAACUGGUCCGGCAGUCUUUCUAACAGUGGAUUAAUUCCCCUUUCCUUUGGCUGCUGGGUAAAUGCUGCUGCUAUAUCCUUUUAUUUCUGUUUUCUUUUGAGUCUAUUGUUGUGAUCAACCAUUUGUCCUUUUGUGUGAUGUGUACAAAAAAAGCAAUUCCAUAGACAUGUCCUUGCUGAGAAGUCCUGGAAGGCACAAUUGGGCCAUUGUUCAGCACUGCAGUUGACCCAGCUGAUGCGAACGAAUCGUGUGCUGAAUGUUUAAUGGAAACUGAGUAUGGAUGAGUGACUUGACCAGAUAAAAGUAAAAUAACACACAGAGGGAAGGGAAAGCAGCCAAAAAGAAAUUAUGUCAGUGCUUCUGAUAAAUGGAAAUGUCUUCCUUUUUUGACCCCAAGCAACUUGAUCUUGGACCAUAAGUGAAGAAAAUGAACAUAUCAGCUACUACAUAUUGCUUAAUCUUAGCAGGCAGGAAUAUAAUGGAGGUCUAGUGGUUGGAACAUGGUUCCAGAUAUCCAAAAUAAAAUUAAAAUUACAACUCUUUCUCAGCAAAGGAAUUUGCCUUUAGAAGAAAUUGUUGAGGAGUAUGUUUGAUUCUUUGUCAUGUGAAGAUAUUAGUAGUUUAGCAGUAAUUGCAAGGCUUGCAAUGGGAAUGACUCAGAUUUUUCAUUGUCUGUGCUAUGCAAAAGGAAGGCUACGUUUGCCCAAGGCUGCAGAUACGAUCACAGAACCAGCUUAGGAAAAAAUCUAAAGCUAAACCCAAGUGGGAGUAGGAGGUGCUCAUUUUGAGCAUCAUGAACAUAAAGGGCCCUUGCAUUAAUUAACACCAGUUAUGGUGAUCUAGACUUAAAAGUAGUUAGCUUUAUUUUUUUUGCUCUUGUUCACGCAGCUGAAAGCAUACUAGUAGGAAAAGUUACACCUGUUUAGCAGUGUAGUUUAUCCUUAUGUAGGUUAAUCUUGUUAGGACAGAGAAUAAACAGUAAAAAGGAUGAUCAUCUGUACAGCACAUACAGAAGCAGCUAUAUCAAUAACAAGUCAUUAACCUAAUCAAAGGUAUUAGACCAAUACAGACACUUCAAUGAAAAGGUCAGAAGACCUGAGAUCCAGUAAUCCAACUGGUAACUGUGGCCCUGGGAGUUUUAAGGGCUGUCAGUCAGCUGAUGUCAGUUCCUGGGUUGGGGAUGGGGGAAAAGUCUUCAGCUGGCACUUGUGAUUGCUGCUCGUGCAGCAGUAGAACGCCGCUUGUGAGAUUUUAUGCUACAGCCUUCCAUACUAAUACAUGUACUCAGAGUGCCAGCCUACAGGCUAAAGGAAAGCCACCAGCUAGUGAUGCAAACUCAGUCUAAAAGCCAAGCUGAAGUUUUUGAAGUCAUAUGCUACUGGAAAGCUCUAACAGGAGUUAAUGGAGGGGUACUGUUGCUGCACAGUCACACCUUGAUUCCUCCUUGGUGUAAGGUAUCACUCUCUCUCCCAGCACAAUCCCAUUUCAGACUUCAAAGUGUUGCUUUUUGGCUGUUUGUUGCCUCCACAGGGAUCCCCUUCCUGCCACCAGAUUGCCUUUAAAAUUAUAAAUGAGGCUUACUCAAAGGCUUCUCAGGAAGCCUUGAGAGUGACCCAGCAAUUUUUCUGGUUCUAGAAAUCUUUCUUCCAUUUCCUGAAACAAAGUUUUAGACUUCAGUUUUCCAGACUCUGGGGGGGCCUCCUCAGAGAAAGAUUACAGUUUAACUAAAUAUUAGGAAGAAAGAGAAAUGGUGUAAAUGAGUCACAGAAGUAAAAUGUAAUUUCUGCCUGUAAUUCAGGCUGUUGUUUCAGGACCAUGCUCCAAGGGACUGAUCCCUUCUGGCUAUGGCUGCAGCAACUCACCCUGUUUUUUUCUUUUUUUCCAGUGUUGGAAAUGACUUCCAUAGCAAAUCAGUUUUACACUUCUGUUGAAAAAUAUCUUAAAUUUAAUAACUCUGAAAUGAACAUUGAUGUGUAAGGGCAAUCAGAGUGUUCAUAAGUGGACAAUGAUCCUGAUGCUGCAUUGGACCAGUCAACUGGCUUUUCCCUAUGGGCAAUCUGCAUUACCCUACAUUUAUAAAAUGUUUAUUUCACAGUCAAAUUGGUUAAAGAACGAUUCUGUUUGCAGAUAUUACUCUGAGAGCAGGAUUUCUUAAUGAAGACAUCAGUUUAUCCCAGGGCUGGUAGCACAGCUGAAGGACUUGCUGCUGGGAGGGAGGGAGGGAUGAUCCCCCAGGCACAGCUAUGCCAUGCCCAAGGAGAGAGAGCUCUGCAACCCUCCCUCCCUAGUGGCAGGGGAGGGAAUUCUGUGAGGCCAGGGGGCUGGGGACUGCAAAUGAUGCUGUGGGAGAAAGAUGAAAGCUGAGUAUCUGCGUAAAGACAGUAUGUUUACUCUGCUUGUUUAGUGUAAGAUGCAGAUGGUAUGAAGGCUCCUUUUCCCUGGUCCCAAUAUGCAUUUUGUUGCUUUAACUUUUGUUAGUAUUUUUUCCAUUAUUACUUUUAUUGCUUUGAAAAAUGCAGGUUAUCUAAGAUGACCUCCAAAUGAAGUGAGUGGCCAAUAUCUUAAUCACAUACCUGGGGUCUUACCUUCUUCCUGGAUCUAUAUGUAUAGAAAUAGCAAUUUUUUUAAUCUGAAUAUAGCCAAAAUAGUGCUAAUGUCUAUAUUCUGGUUUUAUUGUGCUCAAGUCAGCCACCAUUUAAGUGACAUUUGUUUUUUCUAGGCCCCCUCCUAGGUCUGUACAAAGGUAUAAAUACAGACAGUCCCUGAAUUUCGUAGUUUUGAUAUUGCAAGUAACCAGAUAUGACAGCAAAGCAUGACAAAGAGUCAAGACAUCACAGGGACAGAAUAUCUCUGAAAAGAAAAUGUUUAAAAGUAAAAGAAGUUAAUUUGCUUGGCUUCUGCUAUGACAAAGCCAUUUAAAUAGCAUCAGUUGGAUGAUAGUUACAGUUAGAUUUGAAACAAAACUCUAGCUUGAUAUUAAAUUAUAUGAGGUUUCAAGGAGGUUACCAGUCAACUUGUCAGAAAAUAUCUGCUGAAACUGCUGUUCUACAGAAUUCUGGACUUAACACAAAACAAUUUCCUCUUCAACCAUUUUGACUUCCUUUUGGAAAAAAAGUUACAUUUUAAAGUUUACCCUGGGCUUUAUUGUUCCUUGAAUGUGAAAAACUCAGGUUUCCAGGUGAAACAUUUUCCAUUUCUCAGUGAAAAUAUUACUAGGUGCUGUGGCAUUGUAAUAGGUGUUAUGCUAUUGGAAGUGAAUCUGUCUGGAAAAUGUGUUGACGAACAGAAGUGUUAAUGAAAGGUAUGCAAACAAAUCUCAAGAAACAUUUGACCACAUAUUAAUAACUUGAUGGCAUGUAUAUACUCUGAAUAUCCUCUCCAAAAUAUAUGUAUUCUUAUCCUGGCCCCUUUUCCACAUCCUUCCCUCCUGAUUUAUCCUAUAUAGCACUUCUUUCUGUAUUUGUGGCUGAGUAAAUUCUGCUUUGCAGCCUGCCUGUGAUAGCAUUUGUCCAGAUAAACUCAUUCAAGAAGAAUGAAUUAUGAAGGUGUAAAUUGCCUUUGGCCAGGGGAGAGGAAAAUUUAUUUUUCAUAUUUUUCAUGUGUGGCCUAAAAUAGCAAGCAAGUAGCAGCAUGAACAGGAGCUAGGACGUUGGACUUGGCCCCUCAAAGAGCAUUCACAGAACUGGAGUGUUUAGGACUCACACUGAAUGGGGAUGUCACCAUUUAAAGUGCAAAUGAAUCUUGCAAAACAACCCAGCAGUAAAUAAUAAAUGUGUGGUACCUCUAUUAGGAUGUGAACCUCAGCAAAAUCCUGUGACUCUGUGUAUAGGUGUGCAUGUCCUUGCUGCCAUGAGUAAACAUUUGACUCACUACUUGGUAAAUAGGUUUACAAUCAGGCCAUGUAUGGUGAAUAAUGCAACGGUUAUCAACGGGAUAUGUAUUUCUAGAUGCUGAAAGUUGGUUUUGGUUCAAUAAUUUAUGAAAAUUAAUCAUGCUGUCUCCAUCAGCCUUGGGAAUGUCUGCAGUACACAUCAGCCCAGAAGGUCACUCUGAGGAUUAUUUAUUUCUUGCUUCAUAUUGGCUUCCUCCCACAGUACUAAAGAAAAAAACAUUUCUGCUCAGUAUAUUCUGCCAGUUAAUAUAGAUGGGUAUAAAUAGAUGUACAUGUAUAUGUUUUCAUUGCGAUCUCAUAGACUCUGAUUAGGGGCUUCAUGUCCUUAUUUGACCUGUCAGUUGUUUAAUUUAUGUUUCUUUCCUUUCUAACCUACAUAAUUGUCUUGCAGUCACCUAGAAACCCACAGAGUAGUUUUUGUGCUGCUUGUGGGGACAGACUUGCUGAGCAGCAAGCUUCAAUAAGGCUGAGCUUGUCUGAAAUAAAUAUGAUUUUAGGCUUCAGAAUCUCGGGCCAGCAGAAAUCAGGAAAUGCAUGUAAGAAGAAAAUGCAAUAAAAAAUCCUGCUCCAACUGCACUGCCCAGGCAGAUCCUAGAGGCUGCCUUUGGAGAACUAACAAAGUUAUGGCCAAAGCAGUCUCCUAAUAGCAAUUUGCUUAUUAUCUGUCCAUAUUAGCUUACAUUCACCUUACUCAUGUGCCUUUCCAAGGUUUUAUAGGCUAGAAAGCACCGCUGCUUCUCUUGUCCCAAAGGAUAUGGCUAUUGUUUGAGGAGCCCAUUUAGUUCUCCUGCAGACGUGCUCUGUAAUGAGAAAGGUCUGUUGCCCUUCUGCCUGUAAGCCAGGUGUGCCAUGCAUGCCCUUUAGCAGCCAUGUAGUUCAAGCAGUGACAGUGCUUUCUGGGCCAGAGCUGAAAAUGAAUCUUGGAAAAAUUACUGCAUCAAAUGCAGGCAAAAUGAUAAACAGUAAAGGAGAAGUGAAAAAAGCAGAAAGUUUUAAUUCCUAAAAAUACUGCUCUGGGUUUUGUGUAUGAUGCUCCCGUGAAUUUCACAAGAGGGGCCAGCUGUGGCACACAGCAUUGAAGGCAGUUUGCCUAACCACAGGCUGCAAACAGUAGAGUUUGCAGGAAGGGGGAGAAAAAACCCAAUUCACUUAGUUUGCCACCCUAUCUAAGACAAAUAUGUUAUGUAGCAGGUUACUGGUUUACCAGGCCUAAUGCUUCACUUUGCUUUUCAACAUAGACAGCCCUGAUAGGAAAAGCUAUUAGAAAAACUCACUGGAAAACAAUGUGUCACAUUUUGUACUGAACCACUGUAGGAAAAGGUACUUACUGUACCUUCCUGAAGCACAUGGUAAUGACCUGAGUCGCUGAAAGAUUGGUUUAGGCUUGGCUUUAUCUCAAAGAAGACAAAUAAGGAAGGUCAUUUAUGCACUCUGUGUCAUAGGGAUGAUUUUACUCUUUGAUAGUUCAUGAGAGCCCUCAUGAACCAUCUGGAAGGAGCUUUGAUACAUAAAUCUCAUCUAGUCAUCUCUUGAAAACAGUGACCUUCAAAACAAUGAGUCAGCCAAUGACGGAAGCAAUGCAGAAACACAUUUAACAAAAUUGCUGCCUUUGCUUUUGUGAGUGUCAGUGCUUCAAGAGGAUGGAAAGCAAUGGUGGUCACCCAAGACACCACUUCCAAGUAGCAAAUGUGAUUUGCAAAAUACAUCCACGUGGUUUUCAAGUGCAAAGCUUGUGACAGCUUCCCCACAAGAUGGGGAGAUGUGUGUCUGUGUCUGUGUGUAUGUUUGAAGGCAUGCAUGUGCAUGCCAGUCACCUUGGUGCUUUGUAUUAAGUUGUCCUUUUGUGGUUUUUUGUUUGUUUUUUUUUUAACAAAAUCAACAUUCUGCCAUGUGGGCUGUGGUUUUCUUGUGCUGUGUGUGACUCAGGUUGAUCAUCAGGGCUGCCUUGAGGAAAAUUUUAUGGCCCACCUGAGAUAUUUGUGUAUGUAUCAAUGUAUAAUAAUGUAAUCCACUACUAGUCCAGGUACUCUGACCUGCACUUAAUGGAUGUUGACAAAUGGAGGAAAGUGGUUUCUCUGCUUGGCCAGACUUCUCAGAUUGUCAUUGCGCCAGGCUCUGUGCCAUACUGCCAUGAGUCUGACUCACUGUGGGUUUCUGCUGGCUGGGCCAAUCCCUCAGAGACCUCAGUCUGAUGCCAUGCUGGUCUCCUCCUCACUCCAGGUGGAAAGUCUCUUCUGUGCUCUGUCUCCAUGGACUUGGGCCUUUGCACUUUCAUGUCCUACAGAAGUUCAGAGUAACCCGCUCAGCCCGCAGCCGACUUCCUCAGCCACAAGAAGAAUGUCCUCUAAGCCUAAAAAUUACCACAGGGACAAGAGUAUAAUUAAUAUGAAGUUUAUUUUCUCCCCUUUCUGCCACAGUUAAAGCAUUUAUCUCAGCUUUCCUUAAUUUUCUGUCCUCUGGAGCUUACAUUAGGGCCUACCAUGUACUCCCACAUGAAAAAGAAAUGGGAUCCUUCAAUUUUCUCACCUGAACAGCUUUGAUGCAUCUUCUUUGAUGCAUCGAUACAUCUUCUUUGAUGCAUUGUCUCGUGGAAAAGAGGUGUGACCUACUGAGGUUCCGGGCAUGAGUGUGGUAUUUGGUUAUUCCUAGGAGAAAAUUGGAUCAAAUAGUGAUACAGUGUAAGACUUACUCUCCAGGGUGCAAUGGUUCAGGAGGGAUUUGUGCAGUCUGCCUUAGUCAGAGGGGAAAAUCACUGAUAGCAGAUGUUUUGUGUAGGCAAGCACAAGCUGAGAGCAAGAUCUGAUGCCAUUUGCCCUAGCCAUUGCACAAACAUUAAUCUCCAGGUUUUAAUACCAAUUUAUUUUAUGCAGAAACUGUUAAGAUAUUGUGUAGUGUUUUCAAGACACUUCGUUGCAGAGAUUACUAGUGACCUAGGAAAAUCUUCUCAUUUUGCACAAUAUAACCCCUGGUGAUUAGGACUUAAAAAAAAAAAAUGAACAAGAAAUUUUUGUUAUUAUAAUGAAAAAUUGCAUUAAAAUUAGAACAGGUUGCUGUAAAAUGGGUCAGCUAGUCAUACACAUUUAUAAUCACUAAGAGGAUUUAUGUUAAACGACAUGAGGAUUUAAUUUUGUAUAUUUGUAACAAUUCCCUUCCUCUUUCCCAAAACAAAAACCCAUUCUCUAGUCAAGGAUGAAUGAUGCUACAUGUUUUUUACAGAGAGGGCUCUUAAAAGCAAUCUGAGGUCCUCUUUCCAGUGAUUUUGUGAUAGUGACGUUAAGUGACAUGAUGUGUGACCCACUGAAUGGAAAGUGUGAUGACUAGAGACAGACAAAAGGCCAGAAAAGUUCUCCCUGUAUAAGCUAACCAUAACCCAUUAAUGCUGGCCAAUUAAAAGCAAUCCAAAUUAUGGGAAAUAAGGCUGAGUUUAACUAGUAACCAGAGAAAUAUGAAGAAGAAUUUGUAGGUGGGAGACAGGAGUGAAAUUCAAGCAAGUCACUGUCUCCAAAAAAAUGAAUUGAAGUUCAGAACACAGAAGACUUGUGCUGGAAGGACAGUCAAAAGUAGCAAAAGAUAGGGAAACUGGCAAAAAAGAAUAGGUUGAAGUAGGAUGAAGCUGAAGAAAAAGGCAGUGCUGCUCGGGGUUGCAUGCACAUGAGGAACUUGGCAGGGAAUGAUUGAUGACUCUGUAGAAAUUGAGGAGGCCCCAUUUUCCGCUGUACAGUUGAGUUAAUUUGGAUUUUUCACAAUGAAUUGGUAUCCAGCAGCCUGUGGUUUUGUGUCUUGCAAGCCUGAGCAAUUAGUCAUGUUAGUUGCUACCCAGAAACCUGAGGGUUUUGCUGGUAAGGGUUUCCUCCUUUGUACUGAAGACCAUUGUGUUUGCUUCUGAAAAGUGGAAGAGAAGAUCAUGUUUUAGUGUGCACUCAUUCAUUUCCCUGGUAAAAUGCUCUCAGUCUCUGCAAGGUGCCUGAGAACAUCAUGAGACCAGAACUUCCACAGGCAAAUCCUUGAGGAUUUGGCAAAAAGCCAUCUUUCUCAUUGGUGGCUGAAAAAAUCCUAUAUGUCAUGUAGCAGACUAUUUCACUGUCCAAACUUAGAGGCAGGUUUUCUCUAAUAUUCACAGAAAGGUACCAUUGUCUGGACCAGGAGAUAGGCUUUCGGGAAAAUUGGAGUUCAGUGUGUUUUCCUCAAUGAUCAAAAUGUUUCCUUUUUUUGCUGUGUUUUCUAACGCCUUCAUCUGACAAAUUUGGCUCUAAACAGAGAUAAUGAUUUGUAGGAACCACAGCAUGGAAGAUAGGCAGGGUGAUGUUGACAGUAAGGAUGCUGUCCUCUGAAAGAAGUGUGUCUGCUUCUCAUAAUGGCUCCUGGAGCAAGUGCCACUGUGGUGCUGCUCCUCUGAGGACAAUGGGAGGUGGCUUAGAGCCUGCAAGCCUGCAGAGUGACAGGGCUGCUUCUGCAUACGCUCCUAGGAGACUACAGGUUGUUCAGUUCUUCAUGGUGUUGCUGAUUUCUCACAGUUUUAAAUACUGCACUCUCAAUUCUUUAAAUAGGCAAAGGGGCUCAGAAGCUCAGCAGAAGCAGCUGCAGUAGUGCAGGACGUGGCUGCCUGUGCUCGGCUGUUGUGUGUCCUGGUAGAUGGGUGUGGGCUUUGCUUGGAGCUCACAGUUGAACUGUGUUUUACAGUGUGAAGAGUGCUUUUUAAGACAGUAAAAAAAAAAAUAGAAGAGGCCAUAAAAGGUUUUGAUUUGAACUUGGUGUGUUAAUUUUACUGCAGACAUUUAAGUGUUACAUACAUGAGAAGGUAAUUAAAAAACCUUAGAGCCUGGGCAGUUAAAUCAACAAAGAUCCUGAGCCUGUGUUGCUAGGAAUGCCCAUUCCUCUCAGCUGUGCAUAGCUCCACAGAGACUUUAGGAUGGUGAGGAGAUGCUGUGUUUGUUUUGGAACCAUGUUCAGGUGAAUGCAUAUGACUGAAAACUGUAUCCUUUGGGCUGUGAAGUCAACGGGGCUGCUCCUGACCUGUGAGUGACAGGGUCAUAGACUGCAUACUGUGAAGUGGAAGGCUGCUUGGGUCUCUGGAGAAACCCCAAGGAUGCUACAAGCUUAAAAGCUAAAAUCUAAAGAGAGAGAUGAGGACAGGGCUUUGGGAUGCAGUCUGAGGAGAAAUAAUUACUAUAAAAGUAAGGUAUAUUUCCAAAGAAAUUACCAAAUGGAAAAGCCCCUUGCAUUUUGAGAAUUAAUGUCAUCUAGAAAAAAAUAAAGUUUGAAAAAGAUAGCUUUUUGCAGUGUCCAUUAAAUGGAAGAGCCAUCUGAUAAACUCUGUCUGGAGAAUAGGGGGGAGGCUGCAGGAAUUGUCACAAGCUGCCUCUCCUAUUUCCUUCUAGUGAUGAUUUAAAACAGUAUUGCUUCUGUACUAUUGAGAAAGCUCUGUGAGGAAGCCUACUAGGAAGGCAGCUCUAAGAGUUCUGGGGAAAACAAGAAACUCUCUCUUAGUGAGCAAGCUCUUUCACACAGCAGAAAGUUCUGCUACUUCCUGUGGCUUGGCGGGCUUUGUCAGUUGGCAAGUUGUCACCAGUGUGCGGUGAGCAGGGCAGCUCCUCUGCACCAGCUACUGUAAGGAGAUACUCGGGUUUCUGCACCAGCUGACACAGGGUUCAAGCAAGUUAUUUUUCUGAAGCAAGACUUUUUGCAUCUGUUCCUCACUGGAGGCAGAAUUUAGUAGGACUGUCUCUGUUUUCUCAUUAUGCCAGAGACAGCAGAUACAGCAUCCCUGUGCGAGCACAUGUAUAUGCAUAAGUCUGUACAUAUAUACAUUUCUGUGUCUAUUUAUGAGGAUGUAUAAAUACAUGCUUUCAUGUAAAUAGAAACAUAAAAUACAUACUCUAAAAUAAA